UCGUCGAAGGAGAAGAUGACGAAGAUAUUACCGUUGUUGGCAUCGAUCGCUGUUCUGACGGUCGUCGUGGCCGGUGGCCAGAGUUUGGACGAUUGUCUGCAGAGCGACAGCAUCUCCUGCGUGCAGAAGAGCCUGUACAGGAAGGCGAAGGAGUUCUUCGACAAGGACAGCUUGGAGCUGUUCACCGGUGUCAGCCUGGUGAAGAACGAGCAGGGGAGAGGGUCGAGGAGUGGGAAGGAGCUGAUGUACGAGCAGGAAAUCGACGCGGCGAACAGUGUGACGGACAGGCAGAACGCUCUCGAGAACUUCGUGAGCGAGGAGGCUGGCCAAUUGUUGACCGGUCGCAGCCUUAGGAUCAACUUUGCCCCCGCCUUCGAGAAGAUCGGAGAGUCCGCGCGUGCCAUCAGCGACUCGGCGCCGGAAGAGGUCCGCCAGGCGGUCGACGAAGUCGUCGAGGGCCGAGGUAGGAAGAAGAUACUCAAAUCGAUCCUGCCCCUCCUGAUCGCAGCGAAAGUGAAGAUCGGCGCGUUGGCCACCCUCGCCUACUUCGCCAUCGGCCUGAUAGCCAAGAAGGCCAUCUUCGCCUCUCUCAUCUCGCUCGCCAUUUCCGCCUUCUUCGGCCUCAAGGCGCUCUGGUCCAAGAAUUCUCACGACAUCACCCCGUACAACGGUUGCGGCGGCAACAACGGCGGAUGGGUCGCCCCCGUGGCGAGCGGAUGGUCUUCCUCGGCCAACUCGUGGGACGAUUCUCACGGCUACGCGCAGAGCCAGGCGUACUCUGGAUAUCAUCAUUGAUCAUAAGUUUUAGUUUCCUGUUCGC